AUAUUGCACCUGCAGGGAUCAAACUCAGAGGAGCUGAAAGAGCUAAACUUUACAUCAAAUAUUCCUUCAGGUCAACAUUUAACCUUUACAGCACCGAAAAAUGGAGCAAACAUUGAUCCUGUUGUUCACCACAGUGAUGCUUUUUGUAGCACCAGGCGUCAAUGCAGAUUUGUCAUUUGCAGCUAAUCCGCAGUUUAGCAUUACACGUACAGGGUGUGCAGUCACCAAAGUGUGUGUGAGUAUACCGGAUAGCUGUGACCCUGCAGGAAAUGGCGUAUGUCUUUUUGGAUCUGUGCAUGCCAGCACCCCAACGCCUCCAAAUGGUACCCAAAUGGCCUUUGAGCUCAGUGGAAACUCCUCUGGAUUCAUCGCUCUGGGGCUCACCUCGAAUGCAUCUGUGGGUACCUCGAUGCUCUUUGUCUGUGCUCAAAACAGCAGUGGGUCGUUUUUCUUCCAAACACAGACUCGAAACAACAUAAAUAACACGCUCACAUCACUAGACAGGACUGUAACACAGAUCCAAGGCAAAGUAAAUGGUUCAAGUAUUCAGUGUGGGUUCACUGUUCCAAAUCUGAACGCCUCUAACACCAGGAGCGCCAGUGAUACCACAUAUGUCAUCAUCCUUGGGUCUGGAACUGUAAAUGGAAACAGUGUUGGGAAUUUCACUGCCUCCCUGACCACUGACCCCCUGAUCCUGACCAGCAAUAUUGCCACCACAGCACCACCUUCAUCAGCUGUGCUGCUCCUGCUGAGCAUGCUCCCACUGUUCUUCCUGAAGACAGCCUGACAAAGACCAGAGAUGAAGCUGUAAGCAAAUGAAGGCAGCCAGUUUACACACCAACUAAACUGAGUUUCAGAGAAUAAAGCUUUUACACUGAACUAAUAUUAAAAUAUGAAGUUGAUCUUUUUGUCGUAUUUUUGUAUUUUAUAAGCACUUGUAGUUAAAGGAGUUUCAGUCAUCAAAUACAAAAUCUAUUUCUUAAUUUGUACAUAUAAAUUAACAGAUUUUUAAUUAAAUGUACAAACUAUAUUAUUCUUGUGUUUUAAUUCUACUGUGACUCUAUCUCUGAUCUAUUUGUUGACUGUAUGAAAUAAAACCUUAGCUUACUUACCUGAAAACAACUCAAACUGAGAUUUAAUUUUUUCUGGGUAAUUGGUAAUAUUUGGUCUUGGGGAGCUGCGCCUCUCGUCAUGAUACACUCAACAGCCAAUGUGAUAAUGUACAUUUAACUCCUUGUCUUGGAGAGGCCAUGUCUGUUAAAUUCUGAUUUCCUGGUACGACCUCUGAUCCAGAUUUUCAGGUUUGUUGUGUGUGUGUUUUUUUUUUUUUUUUUUUUUCUUUUUGUUUUUUAAAAAACUCCUACAUCCCUGAAGUUCUGAUAUGUGACAUAAAACAUGUUUUAGUUGAUUCUCGCUGAUAUGCAUGAAAUAGUUUGUCUGCUGCAAGAAACAUCCACUAAUGCUUAACUUGGAUUUAGGUGACCAAACCACAGCCUGUAUUAAAAUGUGUGCCGCUGUAACUCACUUCUGCAAACUAACUAAAGCUAACUGAAAUAAAGCAUGAAAUAAUGCAGAUUCUACUGGAUAAAACAUGACAUCCACACACUCAGUUAAUGGAGGAAUGGUAAAUUCAAGAUGAAUCAGUCUGUUUUCUGUUUGUGAACUGAAUAAAUUUUUGCUUUUGGACAAAA